AAGAGAGGUUGCAUAGCAACGCGUUCAUUUCCCGGCCUGCCGUGCCCGGGCCUCCCACUCCGGGCUGGAGGCUGCACCUUCACAGCGGGCCGAGCCCAGCUCCCCGGGCCCGAACCCCACCGCACACCUGCCAGCUUAGCCCCGCUCCGGGCCGCAGUCCGCCACACCGGAAGCGCAACAGGGACACGGCCUGGGCACAACAUGGAGGAAGCCUCUCCCAAUUCAUUAGUUGAUAUAACUCUGCACUACUUGAGCUCCAACCUGGAAAAGUUUUGCAGGGAGAGACCCGAUGGAACGUUUUGUUUACAAGAUGCCGCAGUGUUUCCACAGGAAGUUGCGGAUCGGCUUUUACAAACGAUGGCAAUUCAAAGAAAACUAAAUGAAGUGUCUGUAGGAAUUUUCCGCGGAAGCCAGUUGAGGCUAAAACGUGCCUGCAUCCGCAAGGCCAAAAUAUCUGCUGUUGCCUUUCGUAGGGCGUUCUGCCACCACAAGUUGGUGGAGCUGGAUGCUACCGGGGUCAAUGCUGACAUAACCAUUACUGACAUCAUCAGUGGGCUCAGCAGUAGUAAAUGGAUCCGGGAAAACCUCCAGUGUCUAGUCCUGAACUCUCUUACUCUAUCGUUGGACGAUCCAUAUGAACAAUGCUUUAGCCACCUGUCUGGACUUCGGGCUCUGAGCAUCACCAACGUUCGGUUUUAUAAUGAAGACCUGGCAGAUGUUGCAUCACUCCCCAGGCUGGAAAGUCUAGAUAUCUCCAACACCUCAGUGACAGACAUCACUGCCCUUCUGGGGUGCAAGGACAGACUGAAAUCCCUGACUAUGCACCACUUGAAGUGUUUAAAAAUGACAACCACACAAAUCCUGGAAGUGAUCAAGGAGCUGAACCAUCUUAACCAUUUAGAUAUAUCCGAUGACAAGCAGUUCACUUCGGACAUUGCUUGCCGCCUGCUGGAGCAAAACGAUAUUCUGCUCAACUUGGUUUCAUUGGACAUCUCUGGAAGGAAGCAUGUUACGGAUAAGGCAGUGGAGGCUUUUCUCACUCAGCGCCCUCAAAUCCAGUUUGUUGGUCUUCUGGCCACAGAGGCUGGGUACUCGGAGCUUCUUUCUGGAGAUGUAAAUGUAAAGGUGUCUGGAGAAGCAAAUCAGACACAGAUUGCCGAGGCGUUGCGCCGCUACAGUGAGCGCUCCUUCUUUGUGCGGGAGGCUCUCUUUCACCUGUUCAGUCUGACGCAUGUCAUGGAUAAAGCCAACCCAGAGAUGCUGAAGUUGGUUGUAGUAGGCAUGAGAAACCACCCAACAAACCUUCCUGUGCAGCUAGCGGCCAGCGCCUGUGUCUUCAACCUGACCAAGCAGGAUCUGGCAGCUGGGAUGCCCGUAAAACUCCUGGCAGACGUGACCCACUUACUUCUAGAAGCCAUGAAACAUUUUCCAAAUCACCAGCAGUUGCAGAAGAACUGUUUGCUGUCCCUUUGCAGUGAUAGAAUCUUGCAAGAUGUCCCAUUUAACAGAUUUGAUGCAGCAAAGCUUGUAAUGCAGUGGUUGUGUAAUCAUGAAGACCAAAACAUGCAAAGGAUGGCGGUAGCCAUUAUCUCAAUUCUCGCUGCAAAGCUUUCAACGGAACAGACAGCUCAGCUAGGAGCAGAGCUUUUCAUCGUAAGGCAACUUUUGCAAAUAGUGCGUCAGAAGACCAGCCAGAGCUUGGUGGAUACGACAUUAAAGUUCACCCUGAGUGCCUUGUGGAACCUGACGGAUGAAUCUCCAACCACAUGCCGCCACUUUAUAGAGAACCAGGGCCUGGAGCUCUUCAUGAAGGUCCUAGAGACUUUUCCCUCGGAGUCGUCCAUCCAGCAGAAAGUUCUGGGUUUGCUGAAUAACAUAGCGGAGGUGAAGGAGCUGCACUCGGAACUCAUGUGGAAGGACUUCAUUGAUCAAAUCAGCAAGCUCCUGCACAGUGUAGAGGUGGAAGUCAGUUAUUUCGCAGCAGGAAUCAUUGCACAUCUAGUAUCCCGGGGAGAGGAAACCUGGACCCUCAGCACAGGUUUGAGGGAGACCCUGCUAGAGCAGCUGAAUUCUGCCAUACUAGGUUGGCCAACGCCAGAAUGUGAGAUGGUUGCGUAUAGGUCAUUUAACCCUUUCUUCCCGCUGCUGUCAUGUUUCAGCACACCCGGUGUGCAGCUCUGGGCUGUGUGGGCCAUGCAGCACGUCUGCAGCAAAAACCCUGUUCGAUACUGCAGCAUGUUAAUCGAAGAGGGUGGUCUGACGAAGCUGCACAAUAUCAGAGACCACGCCGGUGCCAACGUGGAUGUUUUGCGAAUUACCAUCUCCAUCCUGGAUAACCUUGAAAGGCACCUUACACGGCACGGCAAUUCUUUAUUUCCAAGUCCACCACCCUGCAAGUGAUCAGGGAACCAUCCUGUGAGAAUCCGCCUAGUUAUCUAUUGAGGUCUGUGUGUUGUAUGUAUAAAAUCCGUUCUAGAACGGAGUAGAUGAUGCUUUUGAAUUAGGCGACAGAGACUUGUAAAGGAUGAGGAUGUCAGUACAGUAUUAUCAUACACCUGGUUGCUACAUUACUUUGCGUUGCUGUGAGCAUGAAUCCAUUGUAAGACCUCACUUUUAAAAAGCCACUGCAAAUAAUUUAUCUUUUUUUUUUUUUUUUCUUUUACCUUCCUCUUUUGGUGCAACCACCGCUGUUCUCUUUUUAAGUUUUUUUUUUUAGGGCUCUUUAUAAAGCGAAUCUCAUGAAGUAUGGACAUUCAUUCAUGUGUUUGGACUGCACCUGCCAUUUGCACAGCUUAGCUUGGACUGUAUAGGACACACAAUACAAACAAAUGAAUAUCCCGGACAGAAUGGACGAUUGAUAUUUGUCCUUAAGGAGCUGCCUGGCUCAUAAAAUGCUCUUAAAGAGGUCAAAACCAUUGAGGGAGCCUAAAUACUGUAAAUAUGUGAUAUUGGGAGAUUAUGCUGUAAGAAAAUAUAUAAUUGAAUUUUUUUGUUAACUAGCUGUGCAUCACAACUGUUGGAAACAGGAAUACUGGCAGCCCUCAGCGGAAAGUUGCAGUCAGCGAAAGACUUCACGCCAAGUUGUACAGAAUUUAUAAGCCGUUGUGCAAUAAGGAAACGUUUGGCAUCAAAUAUACAUCUGGCUGUAACCCUCGGAUAUCGCAGAGAUUUAGGUUUCUGCUUUGCAUGGUCGCUCGCUGGGAAUAGUCUUGAUUAUAAAUUGCAUCACCUUUUGUAGA